AUGUUUUAUUUACUUUUGUUUUGGUUUCAGAGGACUGAUGUCGACACGCCGAUGUCAAUGGAUACAAUAAGGAGUUCACGGAACCAGUGCAGCACAAACUUCAGAAUAACCACGAUGGCGCCACUCCGUACCGCUAAAAGGAUUGUCAGUUGCCUCACAUACAAUGCUUUUGUGAUUUUCCUUAUAUGUCUGGAGCUAUUGGCGGGACGUGGAGCGUCUGCUCUCGCAAACUGCCCGGGUGGCUGCAGUUGCAAUGACGACACUCUGGUCGUGGUGUGCGAAGAAAGCCGUCUCGACGUUCUUCCCAUCGCCCUUAACCCCUCUAUACAACGCCUCAUCAUACGCAACAACAAAAUCAAAACAAUCGACGCCUCUAUGCAGUUCUACGCUGAACUCCAACACCUGGACUUAUCACAAAAUCAUCUGGUCAACAUACCAGAAAAAAGCUUCUCAUAUCAAAGAAAGCUACAAGAACUGCACCUAAAUCACAAUAAAAUAUCAUCAGUCUCCAACAUCACAUUCCAAGGGCUAAAUUCUUUAACUGUACUCAAUUUAAAACGCAAUUUCUUAGAAGAACUAACCAAUGGGGUAUUUUCUACGUUGCCAAGAUUAGAGGAAUUAAACUUAGGUCAGAAUAGAAUAUCUAGAAUAGAACCAAGAGCAUUCGCUGGAUUGUCAGCCUUAAGAAUACUCUAUUUAGACGAUAAUCAGUUAAGCUCAGUGCCUACUAUAUCGUUUAGUCUUUUAGGAAGUUUAGCCGAGUUACAUGUAGGGUUAAAUGCUUUCUCGUUUUUGCCUGAUGAUGCUUUCGCCGGUCUUAACCGACUGUCAGUGUUAGACUUAAAUGGAGCUGGACUUUCAAAUAUAAGCGACAAUGCAUUUAGAGGUCUCCCAGGGUUAAGAAGCCUUAAUCUAUUUGGGAAUCGAUUAAGCAUAGUGCCCACACAGCAAUUAUCCGGCUUAACUAGAUUAGAAGAAUUGUACAUAGGUCAGAAUGACUUCAUCGUCUUAGAGAGUCAUUCGUUUAAAGGUUUGAAGAAUCUUAAAUUAAUAGAUAUAACCGGCGCGACUCAACUCGAGCGCGUUGAGAAAGGUGCUUUCGAAGAUAAUAUCAACCUAGAGAGUAUAGUUUUAAUUAACAACAAGAAACUGUCAGUCAUAGAAGAUUGCACUCUAUUAGGUUUACCAAAGUUACGACAUGUGUCUCUGAGAGACAAUGCUUUGAUAUCAUUAAGCGAAAGCGUCUUCAUUGGAAAGGAGUUGAAACAACUUGACUUAACUGAUAAUCCAAUAUUCUGUGAUUGCCAGCUGCUCUGGCUCCAACAAUUGCUAAACGAUAAAAGCAACUUCACCCAAAUUCAAUGCGCGAGUCCAGAAAGUUUGAAAGAUAAAUACUUAAGAACUUUAAACGCCGACGACUUAGGUUGUGUGUUACACGACACGCGACAACAAACCAUCAUUGGCAUCAUCGUAGUCGCCUGCGUAGCCGCUGUCAUGACCUGUGUUCUAAUCAUGUACAGAUACCGUAAAAACAUGCAAGAAAAGCUAAAAGAUUACAAAUGGCAUAAAGGUCGCAAAAACCUAGAGUACCACAAACCAAUAUCCACUGAGGAGGAUUGUAUAGUGCGCGGCAUCCACCCGUCGCACUACCCUACCCACGCGCCCGGCAUCAGGCCAAUACCAGUAACGGAACUG